AAUAGUCGACAUAUUAUAAAGGAUAUACAGCAGAAAAAUCAAACACUGAUCUGGUAUUUUUCUUUCAGUUAUUCAUAUUCUUUUGUAAAAUACUUAGGUCCGUCGUACGUUCUUUUUUCUGGCCCUUCGACUAAAUUUAUUACAUUUUCUGAUAAGGAAAUCUUAUAUCGUUCCACUGGGAUUUCCCAUUUUCUACGUAAAUUUGAAAUAAGUCCAUCAACGUGGAAAAAAUUCAACUCAUGGCUUCAAAACGUUGGAUUUGUCCCAGUUUUUUCGCUGAACGAUAACGAAAGAAAUAACGGCUUGUGGAAUGCCAAAAAUUAUCUUUCUUUGUUUAAUUUGACUGAUAAAUUGAAUAUAAGUUGUAUUUGGCAAAUAGAGUCAGAAAAUAAGGAUAAAAGCAUUCACGAAUAUAUCCAGGACUAUUCGGUUUUGCGUAAUACCAUCGCUACUUUUCCUAAUUCUAAAGAUAACUGGAAAAUUGGAGCCAAUAAUUUUACUAAUUAUUUAAUAGACAAUAGCAGUGUCGAAAAUGUUCGUAGUUUUAUAAACCAACUAGCUGCGGUUUCUGAUGUUGGAAUUAAGCAAACAAAUAAUGUACAAGAAAAUGGUCUUUCUCUGACAGAAAUUUUUUCAAAAAUUCACUACAAGUAUCCCAUAUGGAAUAUUUAUUUACAUAAGAGAACUCCUGAAAAUUUUGCUUCAGCAAUAGCGCUGGCUAUUGAGACAGGAAAUGCAGCUAAAAUGGGUUAUGAAGUGCUGUUUAAGCAAGUAGACCUUAACGAAAGACUUUCAGAUACACCUGUCUUUUGGUUUUCUUUCCUGCACAAGCAUCUGAUGGGAAGAAACGUGUUAGACGUAAAAUAUCCACACUUAACUUCCGAUGUUUUUGCUUAUACACAUUGUACUAAAUUACAAAGUGCAUACUCAAAAACUGGAUCAAUCACAGUUCUUGCAAUAAACAAUAAAACAAAAGAGCAACAUAUUUCCUUAAAAAUUCUGGGUUCCAUUAAUUUUCGAACCACACAAAUCGAAAGCUACGUUCUUUCAACUUCCAAUGAAAAUUCAAAGGACACUUAUUUUAAUGGACACAAAAUUUUAUUCAGCUAUAUCAAUACUGGGAAAUUUUUUCUUAAGCCUGACAUUAAACAUAAUUUGGGUUUUCGAAACGUUGAAGUAAAUUUACCACCGAAAUCUAUAGGGUUUUACGUUUUUUCUCAUGCCAGAACAUUAUAUUGUUCUCACGAAGAACCCUACAGUGCGGAAAAGUCUAUAGUAAUGGAAUUUGACGAUAAUCAGUCAGUAAAACUAGAAAAUAGCGAAAAUGCUCUUGAGAAAAAAGUCGAAAUGAAUGACAAAAAAGUAGCGGAACAAGCCAUUGUAACAAAAAUAACUUCAAAAAACAAUAAUAAAACAACUGCUGUCGCAAAGCCAGGUGGAAUUGAAAUUGAAUUAAGCGACGCUGAAAUUAAUUUAAUUAUAAAAGAAAGAGCGAAAAACAAAGCAGAAAAGAAAGGACUAACACUUCAAACAGAAAAAUUAGAUAAAAUGGUAAAUUACAUUGCCCAAAAUUUUAAAACAGUGGACAACACAAUUAUUCUAAAACCAGUAAAAUUGGAUCAGGUUACAAGAAACAAAAGGGAAUUGAAACAAAAAUAUGACACUACGAAAAAACGUGAUAUAAACAUGGAGUUACUACGAAAGAAGACUAAAGAACCAGAUUCUAACAGAAAUAAAGCGAUUUUGAACGAUAGUGAUGAAGAAUCAUCAAAACGAUUUCCUCUUCCAAAGAAAAUUUAUGUUGAAAUCGAAGGGGAUUUUGAUAUAAACAAAGAUCAGAAAAAGUACGAUUUAUUUAAACAAAAAUUUACCAGCGAAUCAUCCACUGGCAAAAGAAACGAAAAACUCAAAAAUUAUUUUAAAGAAAACCCAAAUCCAAAUCAUUCGGUUGUUAUUACCCCGGGAAUGAUAAGGCGAAAAAUUAAUGAGAAUACUGUAAAUAACAAGGAACGGAAUUUUGAAUCAUUGGAAGUCGAAGAUUCAAGCGAAGAAUUUUUUGGAUUUUUUGAACAAACGCAACCACGCAGUCGUUUCAGGGGUGCAACGUUUCAGGAACUGGAAGAAUUUAAUUUCAGUCCCGAAGGAAGAGACUUUUUUAAAAAGGACGAUGACAUAGAAAUAUCUUUUUCCGACGAAAUCUCACAUGGAGUUCAUAGAAAAGGAAGCAAAGCCAAAACUGCUGCAAAGAUUCGUGAAUAUUACAAAAACAUCGAAGAACUGCGGCAGUCCAAAAUUUUCGGACGGUCUCACGUAAACUCAGUUGAAGAUUGUGGCAUCGACAGUUUCGAUUUUAAAGAUUUCGAUUAUUUCAAAAGGUUCAAACGAGAUCUCACCGAAUAUAGCGAAGAAGAUAUCCAAAAGUACAUACAAUUUAUGAAAGAGCAACUAAAACAUAUGAGAAUCAUGCAGAAACAAGCGAGGCUUAGGAAAUACACUUCAACUGUUAAAACUCAAAACAGCAAUAGCAUAUCGAAAUCGUCUUUGAAUUUAACGAUGAAUUACAAUGACAUAAGGUCUCCUCCUAAAAACAAAAGACAUCACCAGGACAGCAUGCAACGUCUUGAGGAAGAAAACGACGAUGACAUUCUCUUAGGUGAACCACUUAAAAUAACAAUCGGAAAGCCUUACGAGUCGGACAAAGUUAAAAUAAACGAAAAACAGAAAGAAGCGCAAAUUCAAAUGCUUAAAAAUAGACUAAUGAGGAAGAAGAAAUUGGAAAAGCAAUUUGGAAGUAUCAAAAACGAUCAAAAUACUGUAGAAAAGAAAACAGAAAGCAGAAACAACAGUGACUUAUCGAACGAUGAAGAUCGAAGACUUGCCACCAGGAGAACUCUUCUCGACAUGUGGAACUCCAAUCCGGAAAGAAGGUUCGCCAGGUCGGUGAAACAAACGAAAAGCGAUGAGUUAUGGAAACAAAACAAAUUGUACAAAAGACUGACGCCAAUCAAAGAAUGGAAACCGCAAGAUAUAAUCAAAUUACGCAAGAAAAGUGAAAGAGAAGACAGUUCCAAUUGGAUCAGCAAACCCACCAACAUCCAGUUUCCCAGUAAAUCCAAUAUUGUGCACAAAAGAUAUAGAAGACAAUCAGAAACAAAAGAAAUUGAUAACGAAAUCAAACCUUACUUCGAACUCCCAACGAAACCAAAAAAGAGUAAAUGGGACAAAACAGUUAUCAAAAAAACAAAAUCCAAAAAUGACGUUAUACCUCUUGUUGAGGAGGAAAAUGAAACAACAACUAUGUCAAAUUUAAUUAAGUCGUGGUCAUUUUAUAAUGUUAACGAAUUAAGUGAUUCAGGUGAACUUUUUCGCCAAAACAACACACAAACAAAUGAAAAGGAUGAACAAGUGAAAGUCUUUGUGUUCACUGAAGACAGCAGAAAGUAUAAGUUGGAAAGUGACGACGAUUCAAAAUUCACAAAGAACAAUACAAAACAAAAUUCCACCCAUCAGUUGGAGAAAAACGAAAAAAAAAUUGACAAACAAUUUAAAAGCGCGAACACUACGACAAAUUUCUUUGAAAAUAUGUUGAACGUUUUUGAAUCGUUUUUCGAUAAAGUGAGCAUUAAGAUGUCUGACUACGUCAAGAAAAUUAGCGAAACGUUAACACAUAAUUAAGAUAAAUAUUUGUUUGCUUUUUUGUAUUAAUUUUAAGAAUUUUUAUAUUUGGCGACGUAAAUGAAUACGAAAAGUGCAAAUUAUUUUGUCUUUCAUUUUCAGUAAUAAAUAUUUUUAUUAUU